AUGACUCAGGAGGUGCUUCCUGUGGGGAGUGAAGAUGUGGCCCUGGAGUCUCAACAGAGGUUGGGUCCUGAGACUGUGGCCAUAAAAGUCAUCGAUAAAAAGAGAGCCAAAAAGGACACCUACGUUACCAAAAACCUGCGGCGAGAGGGGCAGAUCCAGCAGAUGAUCCGUCACCCCAACAUCACGCAGCUCCUGGAUAUUUUAGAGACAGAGAACAGCUACUACCUGGUCAUGGAGCUGUGCCCUGGGGGCAACCUGAUGCACAAGAUCUAUGAAAAGAAGCGGCUGGAGGAGCCCGAAGCCCGCAGAUACAUCAGACAGCUCAUCUCCGCAGUAGAACACCUCCACCGGGUGGGGGUGGUCCACAGAGACUUGAAGAUAGAAAAUUUGCUACUAGAUGAAGACAAUAAUAUCAAGCUGAUUGACUUUGGUUUGAGCAACUGCGCAGGGAUCCUGGGUUACUCGGACCCAUUCAGCACGCAGUGUGGCAGCCCCGCCUAUGCCGCACCCGAGCUGCUCGCCAGGAAGAAAUAUGGCCCCAAAAUCGAUGUCUGGUCCAUAGGUGUGAACAUGUAUGCUAUGCUGACUGGGACGCUGCCUUUCACCGUGGAGCCUUUCAGCCUCAGGGCUUUGUACCAGAAGAUGGUGGACAAAGAAAUGAACCCCCUUCCCACCCAACUCUCCACAGGGGCCAUCAGUUUCCUGCGCUCUCUCCUGGAACCGGAUCCUGUGAAGAGACCGAAUAUUCAGCAGGCACUGGCGAAUCGCUGGCUUAAUGAGAAUUACACAGGCAAAGUGCCCUGUAAUGUCACCUAUCCCAACAGGUAAUCGUGUACAGGGCUAUCCCCUGCAGUUGUGCAGAGUGUGUCCUCCUCUUUAGGGUUCAAGGGAUCCUUCCACCUCAGCNNUGUGCUCUCCAACCGCGCCUGCCACAUCCUCGCUAUCUACUUCCUCUUAAACAAGAAACUGCAGCGCUAUUUGUCAGGGAAAUCUGACAUCCAGGACAACCUCUGCUACAAGACCCAGUUCUACCAGAUAGAAAAGUACAGGACCACCAAGGAGCCCUAUGAGGCCUCCCUGGAUGCCUGGACAAGAGACCUUGAAUUCCAUGCUGUGCAGGAUAAAAAGCCUAAAGAACAGGAAAAAAGAGGGGAUUUUCUUCAUCGACCAUUCUCCAAGAAGCUGGACAAGAACCUGCCGUCGCACACACAGCCCUCGACCUCGCUCAUUGCACAGAUCCAGAACACCAAAGCCCUGCUAAAGGACCGGAAGGCCUCCAAGACCGGCCUCCCCGACAAAGAUUCCUUCGGCUGCCGCAAUAUUUUCCGCAAAGCAUCUGAUUCCAAUUGUGUGGCUUCCUCUUCCAUGGAGUUCAUUCCUGUCCCACCCCCUAGGACCCCCAGGAUUGUAAAGAAACUGGAGCCCCAGCAGCAGGGGCCUGGAAGCGCCGGCGUCCUCCCCAAGGAAGACCUUCUGAUGCUGGACAUGGUGCGCUCCUUCGAGUCCGUUGAUCGCGAUGACCACAUAGAACUUCUGUCCCCCUCUCAUCACUACAGGAUUCUGAACUCCCCAGUGAGCUUGGCUCGCAGGAAUUCCAGUGAGAGGACACUCUCCCCAGGCCUGCCGUCCGGAAGCAUGUCACCUCUCCAGACCCCUUUGCAUUCCACUCUGGUCUCCUUUGCUCAUGAAGAGAAGAAUAGCCCCCCAAAAGAGGAGGGCUUGUGCUCCCCACCUCCGGUCCCCAGCAAUGGCUCCAUGCAGCCUCUGGGGAGCCCGAAUUGUGUGAAGAGCCGAGGCAGGUUCCCCAUGAUGGGCAUUGGCCAGAUGCUGAGGAAGCGGCACCAGAGCCUGCAGCCCUCUGCAGACAGGCCCCUGGAGGCCAGCAUGCCCCCACUGCAGCCCCCAGCCCCUGUGAGCCUUUCCUUUGACAUGGUCGACGGGGUCAAGAGCCAGUGUUAACUUGGGCCGGAGGGAUUCUGGGUGACUCUAAAAAGGAAAAGCAACGGAACAGAGCUUCACAUAUCUGUCAGGGUGUGAACAUUCAGAGGCCUCACAUGGAGCAUCCUUAUGGC